AUGUACAAGCAGAUCUCCCUAGUUGCCGCUUUGGUCGCGAUGGUCGCUGCUCGUCCACAACAUGGUCAUAGUCGCGACUACUGCCACGGCCACAGUCACGAUUACAGCCACGGCCACAGUCACGCUAUAUCACCGCAGUGUCUCUUGCCACAACAAGAAAAAAAACCCGAUCCCGUAAACAAAGAGGAAGAACCCGAGCCAGUAAACAACGAGGAAAAUCCAGAGCCAGUAGACAAAGAGAAAAAACCCGAGCCAGUACACAAACCGAAAAAACCGGAGCCAGGACACCACGAGAAACAAGAUGUCCAGCAGAAAGGUCACCAUCAUAAAGGACAUGGACACGCGGAACACCACGGGGGAUUCCAUGAGGGACACCACGCACAGUCCAAGGGACACCGUGAGGGAUGCCACGAUGGAUCUCGUGGACGCCUUGAGCAAAUCCACGGACACCGUGAGGAACACCACAGACACCAUGAGAGUCACUAUGGCAGACAUCACGGACACUAUGAAGGGCACCGUGGACACCACCAAGGACGCCACGGGCCGCACGCGGGCCACCAAGGAGCUCACGAGGGACAUCACGAACGCCCCGAAGUACAUCAUGAAGACCACGCAGCACAUCAUGGAGACCACAAAGAACAACAAGAAAGCCAAGAUGGGCAUCGCGGAGAACACGAGAAACAACACGGAGACCACGAGGGUCAUCCCGAAGAACACGAAAAACAUCCCGAAGAAGACCAGGGACAUCCCGCAGAACAAGAGGGACAUCCCGAAAUACACGAGGGGCACCCCAAAGUACAUGAGGGACAUCACGGGGAUAAAGAUAGACAUGACGGGGACGACGAUGAAGGAGCAUCAAGCAGCACCACGGACACGCCAGAGACUUACAUAUCGAGUACUAUGCUUAUACUAACAAGUCCGCGUACAAAAUGA